CAAACAAAGCCAAAACCUAGACGCGUCCUGGGAAAAUGGCACGUAUGGUCACCCUAAACUAAUGUUAAUGCAUAGAAUGUUAUUUUAACCUUACCAGAAAGUCUGUCUGUUCUGUUGUGAAAUGUCAAGUAAGUGUUAAAGGCCACCAGUACCCAAAACAAAUGCUAAAAGAUUUCUCUUUUUGAGGGGAGAAUUUUCACAUGCAUCCAAAGUGGAAUUGAACUGAAUGUUAUUUGGGAGAUAAAAUGAACAUAAAAAGUAUUUAUAUGUAUUUACUUCGUUUGUAAUAGUUUUCCCUGAUAGUUUUUUUUUGUUGUUUUUUUUUGGUAGCCGAGAAGAAAAACUGUAAGCUAUUUUCUUUAAACUAAGGUUUUUACGGAAGUAUUCUUUGUAAAUGUUGCAGACGAUUAGUUUUGAGUGUAUGUGUGCGAGGCAGAUGUUUUGACUGAAUAAAAUCUCAUAAUUUGUUCAUUCUGUGCACAAGGGGUCACUGUUUACAAAUGUUGCUCACAGUUCGUGCCGCGCGUGAAAAAAAAAAACACCGGAAGUACGGUUAGAGUUGCUGCACGUGUGUUCUCCAGCAACAGAAAAACCGCCCUCAAGUUUGUUCCACAUAUUGAAGCGAAACAUGACGAAGGUAAAGAAGGAGAAAACUGUCGAAGAGGAGACCGGGGGAACAGAGAAAUCCUAUCAAGAAUUAAUAGCUAAUGUAAACCCAAUCGCAAACCCGCUUGCAUCGCGUAAACUAAGCAAAAAGCUCUACAAGUGCGUCAAAAAAGCGGCUAAAAUCAAACAGAUCCGACGAGGAGUAAAAGAGGUACAGAAAUUUCUCAACAAAGGAGAGAAGGGUAUUGUGGUGUUUGCUGGAGACACUCUUCCCAUCGAAGUGUAUUGCCACUUACCAAUCAUGUGUGAAGACCGAAACCUGCCCUAUGCUUAUGUGCCAUCUAAAGUUGAUUUGGGCUUAUCAGCUGGAUCGAAGCGUCCCACCUGUGUUAUCAUGGUCAAACCUCAUGAUGAAUAUAAAGAAGCCUAUGAUGAGUGUCUGGAGGAAGUCACAUCUCUGCCCAAACCAAUCUGAGGACACUUGAAUGUUUUAUUUGUAUUUUUUAAAGAACGAGUGAAUAUAUCAAAUCAAGUUAGAAUGGCUGUGAGUGACUUUGGAUGGUGUUCAUGUUCACCAGUGCAUCUGUCAUGUCAUUUAGAGACUUAAUUUGCAGAAAGAAGCACGAAUGUAUGAUAGCAGUUAAUGUGAUGUUGUGUAAAGUUCAUGUCACCGGACAGUGGAUGGAGCUGUUGUUCAGCCUGUUGUGUUUCUCAAUGUUUGACUCUUGAUCUCCCUUAUGCUUCAUGUAUUGAUUGGUUUGCUUUUCAUUUUUCAUAACUGCUUUGGGGCAGUGGACCCCAGAGAGCUCCAAGAGAUGUCAAAAUAAACUUUUUCUCUUUU